AUGGCUCUCGCUGCUCCCAGCACAGACCCGGCGGUCCUUAAAUCGCCCCAAGAACACCAGUGGAAUGAGUAUUACCUUCCCGGCACCUUUCCACCACAGGAAACACGCCCUGGGGAACUCGGCAAGCGCCCCUGCGGCACGGCGGCUCCUCGGCGCUUCCCGGGCGGGGCCAGCGGCAAGCCGGGCGCUCAUCUCCAUCUUCACUUGGCGACCGGCCACCGGGCAACGAGGGGCGGCAGCAGCCCCGCGGCACAUCCUAUUUCCAAGAGCGCCACCCGAAGUCCGGAACUGUCCCGGGACAACGAGAACUGGGUGCGCCGCAAAGCGCAACACGGUGCUGCGCUGGGGUCUGUCCAGCCUGGGCCAUGCGCAUGA